AUGGAGAGCGAAAAGAAGUCGUCUUCAAUAUCAAACUUUGGAGCAUGGGGUAUGAACGUUGUGAGCUCCGUUGGGAUUAUCAUGGCCAAUAAACAGCUCAUGUCCAAUAAUGGCUAUGCUUUCACCUUCGCCACUACAUUGACCGGCUUCCACUUUGCCGUUACUGCUCUCGUCGGUAUUGUCUCAAAUGCUACCGGUUAUUCUGCUUCUAAACAUGUUCCUCUUUGGGAGCUUAUUUGGUUCUCUGCUAUUGCCAAUAUAUCUAUCACUGGGAUGAACCUCAGCCUCAUGCUCAAUUCUGUUGGUUUCUACCAAAUAUCCAAACUAAGCAUGAUUCCGGUGGUUUGUGUCAUGGAAUGGAUCCUUCACGCCAAACACUACUCCAGGGAAGUAAAAGCGGCAGUCAUGGUUGUGGUUAUUGGUGUCGGCGUUUGUACUGUAACUGAUGUAAAAGUUAACCUCAAAGGUUUCGUCUGUGCCUGUCUAGCCGUUGUAUCAUCAUCUUUACAGCAAAUUUCAAUUGGAUCUCUACAAAAGAAGUAUUCAAUUGGAUCUUUUGAAUUGCUAAAUGUCUUCCGGUGCCAUUAUGUUCAUUCUUCUUUCAUGCACCCUAGCUGUGUUUUGCAAUAUAAGCCAGUACCUCUGCAUUGGGCGCUUCUCAGCAGUUUCCUUCCAGGUUUUAGGCCACAUGAAAACAUUGUUGGGAUGGUAAUUUAUAGUUGGGCUGUGGAGCUUGAAAAGUCCUCAAAUGUGAAGACUCUUCCUCACGCAAAAAACAGCCUAACAGAAGAAGAAAUUAGGCUACUGAGAGAAGGGAUAGAAAACAGUCCGUUGAAAGAUGUUGAACUUGGUGAGGCUAAAGUUUAG